AUGUCGCGUCUCUUCUCCUCGCUACGGCACCUAGUCGGUAGGCCAUGUCUCCCCGACCCAGACAUUGAACAGGGCAUUCCACGUCCUCGUGUUCGGAGAAGGCUACUAGCUCUGGUCUCGGAGCCAUCUCCAAAAAUCUUGCGGGUCGACCAGCUGCCUAACGAUGUGCUUGUGGAUCAAGUACUUAGCUAUUUGGACCUACCCGACCUUUUGGCUUUGAGACGAGUGUCUGUAUUAUUUUAUGAACUUACUCACCAUACCGUUAUCUGGAAGAGACUCCUGCGCAGGACCGAUGUGGUUAUUCCACCCAUUCCGCCCACCGCUCGUUAUACACUGCCCCAUCUGACUGGGCUAGACUUAGAACGACUCCUUCUACGAGCCAUCUCCGUUGAACGUAGAUGGUCAGAUCCUUCAUUUAACGAAAUCCAGCCUUGGACGUUCAAUGCUCACCAUCGGAUAUGUUCCAUGGUCGCUUUGCCCGGAGGACCUUACUUGAUUGCUUCCGUCUGCGACCACGGAAGCAACCAUUAUUCUCUCGUUGUUUUUGUCACAGACUACAGCCGCGGCGGCGUCAUUCCUCUCGCCAAAACACGCACCAAAACAAAGGCAUAUCACUUGCAAGCCCGCUAUCUGACCGUCAAUGGAAAGCGCUCCAUCGUCAUCGCAUACGUUCGUAAGGAGUACAAGAACCAUAAGGAGAGACGCCGUCCGCACCUUGGACCACACGACAUCGAUAUUUCUGACUACGCCGGCGACUAUGAGGUCGAACACUCGGUCGCGGUCAAGCAUGAGUGCACCGUUCUCCAGAUUUCCCUUGAAAAGCUAGAGCAUCUCAGCGACCCCCGCCUGCAUUCCGAAACUGAUCGGUUCUUGAAUUACGCCAUCGCCCAGGAGGCCCCAUUCAGGCUGCUGGCUGUCAUCAAGUCCCGCCGCCAGCUGAUGCACCCCGUCCUGGAUGAGAUUCGAGGAUCGCCAUUCAUUGCGGUAGUCAAACUUCCAAACACCAUUGUCUUCAAGAAUCUUGAAGGGGGGGCCCUUGCGACUAUGGAUUGCGCGGCCACAACGGGAUUCCCGAACAAUGAACAUACCAUACUCGCAAUUCGCCUGAUUCCUGUACAGGAUACCAUUUUGGUCGUCCGGAAACUGCGGACGCCUCCUCUAGAGCCUUCCACAGAACGCGAAAAGCGACGAGGACCACAGGAUCUUUUGACCCCAUUCAUAGAGUACUACGCUAUUCCACCGAUAGGAGAGAAGCCGCUUGUUUCAACCAGCGUAUCUACAGCCCAGAUACAGCUAGAAAGUUGCUAUGCCUUGGAUGACGUCACCAUCUCGGACCAUGGCAUCCCAACACGCUUUGACGAUUCCAUCAAGCCUGUGUUGUGGAGCUCUGCGGAUGCUUACGCACCAUCCCCCAUCCAUAUCUUCAUGCGAUGUUAUCCGCCGGAGGCAUAUAUGCGCCUUACCAUAUACCCUGAGCGUAUACCCAAUGUCCGCCCUCCGACGCCACCAACAACAGACGCAUCUCCGAAGGAUUUGGCUCAGAGUGCGUUUGAGCAUAGUUUCCAAACAUACCAUUACCCCAUUUCGCAUGAGGGGCUUUACGGCGAAAAACUCCCGCCCCAACAUCCUGCGGCUGAACUGCGCAUUCUCCCAGGCUCGGCACGGGCUAUCCUGUACAGUGUUUAUUCAGACACCGUAACACUGGGACACAGGGUUCACAUCAUGGAGAGGUACAGCCUGCCCCGAGCGCAGACUGAGGAAAAGGAUAGGAAGGACGUCUGCAUGAGGUUUCCUCGGUGGCCCGGCAUGAAAUCCAUCCAGACCAUGGCUUGGGACGACACCAUUGGGCGGCUGUUCGUUGCGGAGAAGGACACGUCAAUGAUAAGUGUGCUCGAUUUCGGUGCCGCGCCACGAUUAGAUGACGACGGCAAGCGCAUGCCCCUCCCGGUCCACUUGAGUCCCCACCCCGACGACAUGCUCACGCCGAUGCCCGAAGUUCCCCCUCAGGAAGAUCACGACAUGACGUUUCUCAGCCAGUCCAACAGGACGAUAUGGGAGGAGAGGCUCGGCCUUGACUUCCCCGAGAAUGGAGACGACGAGAUGCCCCCCGACUAUUCCUUUCCGGACGAUGACGACUUACCUGGCUAUGAUGAAUGA